ACUGCAGUGCACGCCGCCAGCCUCGGUCACUGCAUUGUGAGCUUGUGGGAUGGGGCGGGUGGCCGGAGGCAGGGGUCUGGUCACUGAACCGUGGGCUUCACUCUGCAGCCUUCCUGCGUGUCCAGGUUUCCUGAAGAACCCAUGAUGUCCUCAGGUGCCUAUCUCUUCCAGAUACAAGAAGAACUUACUCCCGAGAAAUCCGCAUGUUUGAGGUGCCCCCUCUGCAAUGGCAUCUUGGCCUGUGCUGGCCUGGGUCCUGCUCAUGAGCUUCGUUGCUGACUGCCUGAAAGGAAUUCAAGCCCGAGACUUUACAGUGAAAGAUAUUGUCUAUCUUCAUCCUUCAACCACUCCAUACCCUGGGGGAUUCAAAUGUUUCACCUGUGAAGAAGCAGAAGACAACUAUGACUGCAACCAGUGGGCUCCAGACAUCUAUUGUCCAAGAGCUACAAGAUAUUGCUACACCCAACAUACACUGGAAGCCAAUGGAAAGAGUGUAUCUGUUACUAAGCGCUGUGUGCCACUGGAGGAUUGUUUGUCUACAGGAUGCAUAGAUCUCCAGCAUAAAGGGCUGAAGGUCUGCACUUCCUGUUGUGAGGGAAACAUCUGUAAUUUGCCAUUACCCAGAAAUUCAAGCGAUGCCAUCUUUGCAACGACAACUCCCAUAAAUCACGUACAGAGACAUUUGCAAAGUGCAUCAGUCAUAAUGUCAUGUCUCCUGUUAGUCUUUGCUAUGUAGAUGUACUAGGAUAAAGUGCCAGUUACUCAUUGAAUGCUUUUCUCAAGGAUGGAAAUAUUUAUGAAUACAUAUGACUUUAAUAUAUGUUUUUUAAACCUUUUUUUUAAAGUGACAUUUCUAAACUUACCGUCUUGAAUUCCUUUAGCCUUGGCUGAUUAAAAAGCCUUAGUUUCUGAUCUGGGUCUUUAAAAAAAAAAAAAAUGACAGGAGGGGGAGUCUGUUGUAAGUCUAAUACUUUGAAGGAAAAUGUUAGUAAUCAAAAGAUUUUGGUCACUGAAAUACUUGAUGGAAAGUGUAUAUUUGUUUCUAAAUUGUUGCUCUCUGCUUAUAUCUAUAAUCUUGUACAUAACAGUAAUACCAAUAGAAGAUCAUGGCUCCCCAUUAAACUAACUCUACUAUGCAAAAAAGGCUUUUGAUUGAACAACUGACAGUGCUAAAGAAAUAUUAGUUGAUUGAUCAUUCUAGUUUUAAUCAGCUGCGUACAUUUCCAUAUGAACGAAACAAUCAUUUUGAAGAAAAAAGCAUUCUUUGUUCAUGUGUGCAUGUAGAACGGAUGCCAUCUUCAAAGAUGGUUCCUGCAAUCUAUGCUUCUUUUGGUAAGUAUUAGCAUUUUUAAAAUAUGUAGCAUUUUCUUCAAUCUAUUGCCCAGUUAAUUUGGGUCAUCCUUUUAAUCUGUCAAGAAGCUAUUGAUUAGUUAAACUUAACCAAUUAAAUAGACAUAAGGCUAUAGUCCUGUACAGACGUACCUGAGACUAAAGUCUCAUUGAGGCUUUGAGUAGAGAUAUAUAAGAUUGCUCUGUAAGGUUUGAUACCCUGUGCACACUUACCUGAGAAUAAGUCCCAUUUGGACUGAGUGGAACUUACCUCUGAGUAAACAUGCCUAGAAAUACUUUUGGCACAUGAGAUGGUUUAUUUUACUUACUAGACCACAAUAUUUAUUUUUGUAUGACAUGAUCAGAAUUGGUGGCGUGUUGUACAAUGUUCCAUUCUGAAGCAACUACUGGCAGUGCUACUGUUAAUGCACAGGCUGUAUUUGCAUGUCAUGAUAAACCAUGGCUAAUUAUUUACUGUGAAGGGACAGAUGGCUCCCAGUUGUUUCCUCUCCACUAGUGAGUGGAAGAAAUGAGCUGUGUUCCUUGGCUUAGUACUACAUCUGAACUGGGGUUCAUGAUUUGUAUGGAACGAAAGUUAUUCCUGGUUCAUGUGACAUGCUAAGUCAGCGCUUAGUGAUUGGUUUCUGCUGCUUGUGCUUUCAGAGUGAUGUGGAACCUGUCUGUGUAUUCAUGAAAUGGAAAUGGACUGCCUUCAAGUCAAUCCUGACUUAUGGCGACCCUAUGAAUUGGGUUUUCAUGGUAAGCGGUAUUCAGAGGGGGUUUACUAUUGCCUCCCUCUGAGGCUGAAAGGCAGUGACUGGUCCAAGGUUACCCAGUGAGCUUCAUGGCUGUGUGGGGAUUCAUAGUAAACAAUUAACCAUGAGUUAUCAUGAUCUCUGUUUGCAGCCUAUAUGUAUAUUUUGUGAUAAAUGACUUUUUUUAAAUUAGUGCUGGCAGGGAAAAGUAAAGUUGAAGUAAAUUCAAAUAUGUGUCACUGGCUUAUGGAAGCAUAAACACUUAAUAGAAGUUUAUAUACAAUGAACAGCCAUGUAAUCAUGCAUUAUUGUGAUUUUUAUGAGUUGUUUUCAGGUUAUUGUUUUGUUUGAUUAAUGCUGAUCUGGAGGAACUGGCACUUUACCAAAUUAUAAUAUAGAUUCAUGCUAUAAACCUGGUGACGGGGGAGAGAGAGAAAAGGAGGAGGAACUGUAUGAUCAAAUAAGGAAGAAAACUUUACUAAAUCCUAAGUGCUCCACAAACAUCUCUGUCCAAAGCAAACAAACAAGCCAUUCACCAGCCUCAUAUUGUGUGUGUGUGCAUGCAAGGAUAUCCAAAUCCUAAAAUAUUUGUAAUUUAGCCACUUUGUGAUGACAUGAGCCAUCAUAUUAAUUGCAACAAAGAAAGCAGGAGUUUGUGUAAAUGUAAAUAUAUUGCCCCUAUUAAAAGUAAAGGUAUAAACCAUAUAUACACAGCCAUCUGAACUGGAGACAAUUAUCUAGAAGAUAUUUUCACUAUUUUUUUCAGUAGAUGCUAUUUCCACAUAAUAAUGUACUCUGCACUUAAUGGAUCGGGGAAUUAUUUGGGAGUAAGAUCCACUGACAAUUUGAGUCAUGGUUAGGUAAAGUUAGUCAUAAAAUCACAUUGUAAGCAAUGAGAUUUAUUUAGUUGUGUGACUAACUUAUGUUCUUCUGCUUUCAAUAGGAUUUAAUCAUUACUAACACCCUGAAAUAUAUUCAGGUCACAGGGUGCCCCUAUGCAGUUUCCCCUUCCUGUUGCACGUAUUCCAUUCCAGAAGACUCCUUAACCCGCAGGAGUGACUUUUUGGGGGUGUAGGGCAACAAGAAAAUCCUCUCCCUCUUCCUGUUCUUAGGACCCAAGCCAGUUAUAUCCCUGUGCAAGCAAUGGCUUGUUUUUUGAGUUAUUUUCUUCACGACACACGUCAUGCACAUUUUAAUCCACAACACCCUAUUUCAUACACAGCUGAUCUGACAUACUCUUUUCCUGAGACCCUGAGCAUAAACUGGUUUCAGUAAAAUUACAAAUCAAAGGGAUGCAACCUUGAAAAUUGGGACAAUACAUCCACUGUUGUUGGCAUAUCACUAAAAUGACUGGUACUGGACAACGGGUAUGACUUCAGACAGCCUUUUGUCUUCCUCACUACUGAGCUCAUUUCAUAGCAUACCCUUAAACUUACUAAAGUCUUUACUGGGACUGAAACUAUGUGCCAAAAAUGUUUGAUUUGUAUGCUCUUAAAGUCGUGAUGCAUCAGUAAUUUGGAAAGUCCUUUCCACACUGUAGAAAAUACUACAGGGCACCUAAGUUAUCUACACGCUAGUCCAUUCACCACAUGGAGGCAAUUAGAAGUGGCAUCCCUAUGUGCGCUCUCCAAAGCACUACUGUAAUGUGUAAACACGGCUCCUUGUGGUUUUAGGUCAUAUGGAGAGUUUCUGUACUAAUAUUGUCAGUUCAUGGUGGUGGCUGGUGAUGUGGGGAAAAAGUGAAAUGUGUGAUUAGCUUUUUUUUUUACAAGUUACAGUGCAGAGAAGACAUAAUGGGAAUGUUGUUUUAAACUGUCUCCAUGUGAUAGGGCUAGUCUACAUAUUAAUCACUAAGAAAUCUUUUUUACACUGUUUAUUCCUUACCAAGUAAUGUGUUGCAUACAUUGUGAUCUCUGAAAAGGUUGGUUGUUGAAUGUUCUAGCCAUAUGGUUUAGCCCUUCUCAUUCAUAAGGAGGAACGACUGAAUUGUCCUGUCUGUGAAAGAUGUUAUGAAUGUAAUACAGUGUCACUCAGGAAAGUCAUAUACUACUCUGUAACAGUUGAAUUGGAAUGCACUUUGAAAUCUUAAUUUUAAAAUUUUACAGUCCAAGCAUGAUGAUGUGCUAAAUUUGUAUUUCCACAUUUGUAUUUCAAUCUGAAUUUUAGAUUUUUAGGCUGUGAAAAAUGAUCCACCCUCCAAUUUCAUUAUGAAAAUGUGUAUAUGUUAGGAGCAUGAUAAUCUAAAGCCAUAUUUGUGCAAAGUUCCUGGUUAGUCUCCUUUCUACUGUUUUUGUAU